CCUUGACCCUGCAGGAGGUGACCUCUGUGUGGGCCACCCUAGAGAUGGAUCCCCAGGGAGCCCAGGAGAGGCCGCAACAGCAGGGUGUCAUCCCCUUCCUGGGCACGUUCCUCUAUCACCUGAAGCUGCUGGACAUUGGGAUGGAGGAUGAUCUGGAAGGAAAACAGUCCAACUUCCAGAAAUGGUGUGAGAAAUUCAAAGUCAUCAGGAGGAUCCAGCUGCUCCAGCAGGCUGCAAAUGCGUAUGACCUGGAGCCCGAAGAGCGAUUUGGGGCCUGGUUCCAGGCCCUGGAGCCCAUCAGUGUCCAUGAGAGCCGCCACGCAUUUGGCGAUGAGCCGUCACACUCUGGAGACCACAAGUGGAGCUCCUCCUGACCAGCAGGGAC